GUUGGGUCAAAGGCAUAACCAGUGGUGUCGGCACUGAAAGACCAGCCCAAAAAGCAGGGCCACAAAGACCAAAAAAAAAAAACUUUCCACCUCGCAUGUGUAACGCUUUUCCCUGUGUCGCCUUAUCCAUCUACUCUAACAUGUCCUCCUGAACUCCAUGUCCUCCUUACAAUCAAUGAAAGCUCAUCCAACUUAUCAACGAUCCUCCCACGAUAGUUCGUCGGCGUCUGUCGAUUCCCAUCAGCGACCAAACCGACCAACCAAAACACCCCAUCCUCUCAUUCAGCUCAUGAGUGAAAUAGAUAAUGCAGUCUUGUCUAUUUUUCUUCAUCCCCACCAUUCAACCCCUGGACAUGCCCGAACAAUUCAUCUCAGGCAACUUCGGAAACGGUUACGACUGACUUUGCUCGCUGUCUUUCUCGUCAUAGCCUUACUUGUUGCUCGGCCAUAUAUAUGGUCUCCGCGCCUUGGAAGCGAUGAUGAAACAGUGUUCGAACCGUUUACCAACCGUCGUUCAUACUCUAAGCUUAAAGGCGUACUUAAAAACAAAUACUCAGAGUCGAACUCAAGAACAGCAAACGUAGAUACCCAAUUGUACUAUCCACCGAAUUGCCCAUGGGGUGUUCAGAUGUGUGCAAAAAUAAUACCUUCCUUUAUUUUUGCUGGAGGAGAAUUAUGCGGCUCCAAUUACAUUUACAAUACCUUAUUACAACACCCACAAGUUUUAGAUAAUGUCAAGACCAACGGAUAUUCUGUCUUCGACUCUGACCACUACGAAGAGUCUUCGGCUUUCGAAUCUUAUCUAAGCAAAUUUCCCUAUCUGGACUCAGAUGAUCUUCAUACUAUGUCAACCGAUAGAACGGGAAAGAAGCGAUCCAUUAUCUCGGGAGAGAAUGCCCCUCAUUACCUCUACAAGAGCCACUUAACUGCCAAGCGUAUACGGGAGACCUUGCCACACGUCAAGCUUAUUUUCGUGUUGCGAGAUCCUAUCGACAGGGCAUACGCGCAAUACCUCGAAGCUGGUCAUGCCACAUCAGGGAUAUCUUUUGAAACCUUUAUGAAUGUGGAACUUCAAAUUUUGCGCCGAUGUGGCCAUACCAGUACUCAAACAGGCUGGACUGGCUUUGUACAGUGCCAUCAAGGCAGUGAAGUCAGAGCCUCAUGGAACAUGAAUAUCCCUUUGGAUGGUCCUGAGCUUGACCGUCGUGCCACGGAUAGACCCCAUGGAUUCGACUCACUUGCAAGGGGCAUGUAUUCCAACUCCUUGGAGCCUUUUAUCAAGAACUUCCCUCCUUCCCAAAUUCUCGUUAUACGCUCUGAAGAUUUCGUUCACGACCCUUCACAAUCAUUUCAACGAAUUGCUCGAUUUUUAGGUAUAGACGACAGCGUAUUUUCACAGCAACACUUCCCAAGGCAUUGGCAAUUAUCAGAGAAUGAACUGUUUGGCAAUGGUCGCGUCCAUCUCAACUUCGAUAAUGGAGCUGGCGUCGAACAGUUAAAUCCCCCUCUUGGUGGUUAUCAUCACCACCACCAUUAUCAUGGUCAUGGACGUGGACAUGGUGGUUCCCACGCCCGCGUUCCUGCCAUGGCUAUGGAAGAUCCUACUAUUGCCCGUCCCAAUAAUCCUGCACCGGCAAAGGAAUCUCAACCCACUUCAACCACCACCGAAAGUAAUCAAGUGCAACCGGACCUUGAGACAACAUCACCAGAAACGAAGGAGGAAAACAAAGAACUCGGUCUUUCAACGAGAUACCGAUUACAAAAAGUAUUCCGUUCCUUGAAUAAUCGGCUGGUCGACAUGUUUGAAGCAAAGGAAAAGGAAUUCAGUGGUUGGGAAUACGAUGUUGACCGUGGAUGACCCCCACUCUCAUCAUCUUUUGUUUUCACUUAAUCUCAUGAUACCUUGUGUGUACAGCGUGCAAGUUCUUUGUCUUUUGACUGUUUUUUUCCUAUUACUUGUUUUUUGCUUUAGUUAUUUUCCG